AUGGCUGUAGAUCUAGAUCACUCCGCAUCUUCCGCCAAUUCGGCGCUGUCUCCCCCUCCGCCGCAUUCUACAAACCCUUCCAGCAUCCGGGACCCUUCGCAUCUCUCGGCUUCUCUGCAGUCGUCCUUUAAUUCUCCAGCUGCGGCGAGUCGUUCGGCCGCUGGUUCCCCCGGCCAGCCAACCCCUCCCCGGGACCGCAGCGGUGCCCCCAACCAGCAGCCAUCUACCCUUCCUUCUCUGCCAAAAUACCGCGUGGUGUGGGACUCAUCUACCUCGUCCCCGGAGGAUAAGAAGGCGGAGAGCAGUAUCUACUACACCACUGCCUGGGGUUCGCCCUAUGCCGCGCCCAGCCCGCGCAGACUGUCGUUCUCAUUGAGCCACGACGCCGGGAUUGACCGCGAGUCCGGAGUUAGUUCGCCUGCCUCGAUCAACAGUGGAAUCAACUUUGGCCUAGAACCGAAUAGCAGCGUUAUCUUACGACUCCCAUCGGACGGUCCAGCCCAGGAACCCAGGAAUCAAGCCCUCGAACGAUCGCCAGAGCGCGAGCGCGAGCGACUCAGCAGAAAGGCCGGAAAAUCCAUCAGGGAUUUCACCCAAGAUUGGAUCAAUCAGUAUCUCUCUGGUCAACCGAGGACGGAACGGAGCAACUGGCUGAGUGACGACUCUGGUAGCGAGGCACCAUCGUUCUUCACGGCCCAGAAUCAUUUUGCUGACGACGGAUCGGACGAUUGGCUUGGCCUUGAACACGAUUCGCGUGAGGACGAUUUAUUGAAGACUCCAACCCUAGCCGACUUUGUAAGUGGAAGAGCGCGCGCUAGUCGCCGUGAUCGAAGCUCUACUCGUCCCAGAGUCAAAGAGUCUCUGCACAAGAGAGCCGAUACUCUCCGACAAGAGGAUUUCUGGGGAUUCGCCUACGACAAAGAUCCCCCAUCCAUUGGCAUGUCCACCGGGAAGGAUCCACAACCUUCCGCCGAAAUCACGCCUAGAAUGUCGUCCCCAGUUGAGAAGCCCUUGCCUCCACCUCCUGUUGAUCAAAAGGGACCGUUUCGGAAUAUGGAACCAGCAGGGAACCCCUCGGAAGCCAGAGUCGGCCAAAUAGACCCGAAUACCUCUGUGUCCCUGAGACAGCGGAAGAAGAUACCAUGGCGUGGUAAAGGCUGCAUUAUCUACCUACCAGCCGAUGAUAAGAGGGGUACAGAGGAGUCUGGAUACCGGCUAUUGACCGCCGAAGAUGUAAACCAGGGGUUGAAACAGUGGGAAGAACUAGGGUACGAUACUCGUGGAUUCACUAUCUGCGCAUCCGAUGACGCCUCCAAUACCAUCCUAGGAGGUGCCAGUCGCCCACUUUACCCCGAUCCUCUUGAGAUGCGGGACGAAGUGGGCGACAAAAGCUAUGAGGUCAAGUUUCCGAAUAAGGCUCUCUGGGAUGAUUAUGUCAACUACCUACAAGAAGAAAAGCUACGAGCCCUGGGCGUCUCUCUGGGCGAAGAUGAGCUGCAGCCGUCGGUUUCGCCUGCAUCUGCUUUGAACUCGAUGACUCCUUUCCCAGGUCUCGUCUCGUCUCCGCCGAUCCCAACAGCGUCAGCCGCAAGCAAUCCGCUCUCCUUGGCUCACCCAUUCUCUCCACCGCUAAACCAGCAGACCCCCAAUCUUCCCAAUGGACUUGGCUCUAUUGCAUCUCCUGCGUCUCAAUUUGGCGGGCCACCCCCCUUCUUCGGCGUCGAUCAAACUAUGUUGCCCGGAUAUCUACCUUUCCAGCCCACUCCCCCUACCCAUGGCUCCCUCACCCCGCAGAGUUUCUUCAAUUUGCGUCAAAAUGCUGCCCCUGCAUCAACUAUACCGGCGACUCUCUCGAGCUUGACAUCCAUGCUAUCACCUGUUUCGCCCUUGGCUGACCAAAAUUCCUUCCAUCCUGGAUUCAACGAUCACCAUGGCCAACCAAUGGAUGGAUUCGAUGACCAGCUUGUCCACAGAACGCACGACGAGAUGCUGCACGACGAGUAUGUAGACGCUCAUAUAUUGCGUCCCCUUCGUACACCUCCCCCGAACCCAGAUAAUUUCCACGCUUCAACCGUUGAAAUAGCUCAACCUACUCCUCGCGGCCAUAGUCGUGGUCACAACCUGAGUGAAACUCUUCAAAAGGGAAUUGACCAGUUUGCGCCAGACUACCACUUGGAGGAAUCCAUUGAAAGAGAACUUGACGACGCAGGCGACCUUGAUCCAACGCAGCAGCCCAACUUUGAUACAACUGAGCUGCUCAAAUCCCGCUGGGCAUUGCCAGCGGCCAAUAACCAUAUUGUGCAGCAUAUCCCCCAGCACAUGGAUCAAUUCUACGGGGGAGCUUAUUCGGGCAAUGUGGCUCAUGAGGGUUCGGACAUUGACACUAAUCCUUCCUUGUCCGGAACACCUCGACGGAAUGGAUCACUUCACCAUAUACCUUGGCAUGAGUCGAAACCAAGUACUGGAUCUUAUGUUGCGGGACAUCGCUCGAAGCUGUCGACAUCUACCCUUAACGUCGACGCCAAGGAGUUUGACCCAACGGGACCGCCAGCUGCGCAAUCGGUCCGAUUCCCGACCUUGGAACAUUCCAUGUUCACUUUCGGAUCGGUACCUGAACACAGGCCUGUGGGUGGUCUCAAUGUGGCCGCUCCUUCGUUUACCCCUGGUGGGGUGGCUGCGGGUCCUAGCUACGGCCAAAAUAAUGAUGGACCCCAUGAAUUCUCAUUCUCAAGCCCUACCUUGAAUAUUGCGGCGGCUGAGUUCAACCCCGGUAGUAGUAUUCGCAGCAUAGAAUCCGAGGAAGCCACACCUGCAACGAAAAUUUUCAAAGACAUUAACUUUUCUGAGAUGUCGAAGCCUGCUAAGAAGUCCAAGGCUAUUCCCAUUGUCCGACCCGAUAAUAACAAGGAAGAUGACAGAGAGGAAGACGACGAGGCAGACAAUGGAGAUCGCCAGCGAGUUACUUCGGACCGCCUCAAGAAGCGUGUUCGCCGUGGUGGCGCCGCAGGCUCUUCAGAUGAGGAGGCCCGCUAUAGUGUGCCGCAUGCUUUGACUGAGACAAAUAACCAGGCUUUGCAAGCAAUGAAUGUCUCGCACAUGCCUGCUGAGGGCAAAGAGAAUGCUUUGCCGGAACGGGGUGACUUUGCAACAGAUGCAAAGACGUUGGUUCAGGACGAUACCCCCAUUGAGCGGAAAGACACUCCAGUUAGCGAGGCUUCCACAUGGGCUCCUUUGGGAACCAAAGAUCAGGACGCAAUGGCACCUCAGGAUUCAGCCGAGCCAGAUCACAUACAUCACCAGGCUCCUGACUCUCCUGUGGACAAUAAGCCGGAAACAUUGGUACCGAGACCCGACGACCAAGAUCAACGUAUAGAACCUACCGAGGCCAACACCGGGCUGAAGGGGCCGGUGUUUUCACCCACAGCAAAGCCGUUCCAUUUCAAACCCUCUAUCGCAGAAUUCGUACCAGUGUUUACUGAACCCCCACAACCGCCCCCCAAGGACCCCCCCAAGGACACUUUUAUGGAGAACAAAGGCCUCAUGAUCUCUACUUCCGCUGUUGCAAGUUUGCCCGCCGAGUCCGAGCAGGAGCCCGAGCCCGGGGUUUCAGCUUCUGAGCUUGAGGCAAAGGUUCAUGUACUCGAUGACGUCUUCCAAGCAGUGGAAGAUUCUCCGGAUGAGGAGCAACUUAACGCAAUUAUGGAACAACUUAAUGACGAUUCUGACCUCGGAAUCGAGAGAUUGAGCACACCCCAGCCAGCCAGCCACCUGCUAGACUCGGUUUUAGGGCCUUCGAAGGAAAAGAAACAUGUCCAUGCAGACAACAGAAGCGAGCCUGCGAGCCCCAGUCCUGGACGGGGUCCCGUCUCUCACACGUUGCAUGUGCCGAAGCUCGAUUUCGAUGCACAAUCUCACUUUUCGGCGACUCCUUCCAAGGGUGUCAUAUCCCGUAUUCAGUCACCUAUUAGACAGCUAAUGAGCCGAAAUGAGCAUGUUAGUGACUGGGGCGACAUGAUCUCUUCGGGUGAAGAUGUGAAGCUGGCGGACCGAAGCAGGUUCUUUGAUCGCCGUAUUAACGAGCUUCUUGCCUCUACUAUCGAAAAGCGCCUGUCUCCUCUCGAGCGUGCACUCAAUUCUAUUCAGCAAUCUCUUGUUGCGAUUAACACAGCCCCGCUGACUACACUAGGAUGGAGGAGUACCUCCGCAGAGGUUAUGGAUAGUGAUGCUGAUGAUGAGGAUGAAGAAUACGAAGAAGACGCAUCGUCUUAUAAGGCGAGGUCGCCAAUCCGCCGCAGAGAUCGAAAGCUUGAAAAGCUGAAGAGUGUGAUUUUGGAAGCCCUGGAAACUCGUGAAAUCCAGCCCGCGCCAGAACCUGCCCCGCUCAUGGAGUUGAUACAGCUUCGCGAAACCGUCGCCGAGUUGCACGCUAUGACGGCACAAAAGCUGUCGGACGAUAAUACCGCUCGCAUGCGAGAAAUGAUGCAAGAGGUCAUGGCCAGCCAGCGGAGCCGUCCCUCCGAAGCCGAGGAGAUCGGAGCUGACAGCCUCAUGCUCCAGGUUGAAGGCUUGAAGAGUAUGCUCAGGACUACCGACGAGCGAGCGGAGAGCGAAUAUAAGAAACGAAGGGAGGCACAGGACACCGUUUCAGAACUCCAGCGACUUCUGAAAAUGGUUGAAGACGAUGCUACCCGUCACAGCGCUGCCGCUGAAUCGGCUGAGGCCCGCCUACUCCAACUGCAGGAGGAAAAGAUGCCUUAUUUUGAGAAUAUCCAGCAGAAAGCAAAUGCUCUCGAGAAAGAGCGUGAGAAUAUCAGACUCACCCUCGAUGAAUUCUCUUCAAAGAACAUUACACUGCAGGGCACUCUGGAUGAGUACCGUGUUUUGAGCGAUAACUGGAAGCGAGAAAGCGAAGAAAACAAGGCUCAGCUGGAUGAGGUCAGCGCUGAAAACAGGCACUUACGAAACACGAUCACUACCAUGGCGGCACGUAUCGAAGACGGCCUCAACAUUCGACAAAACCUUAGCGAGAAGCUUGAUCGUAUCCAGGAUGAAAUGGCCACCGUGACCCGAGACGUGACUCGCAACCAGGCCUCUUGGCGACGAAAGGAGGAGGAGCUGAAUGCUAGACAUAACGAACUGCGCGCCUCCCACAACCGAGAGACUAAAUUGCGUGAGCAGCUUGAGGAGGAUAUCACCAAGCUUGAGGAACAGGAGCGCGAGGCGACCAAAUUGAAAUUUAUCUUUGGACAGUCCCAGCAAGAGAAUGCAAGACUCGAGGAAAUUGUCAAUGACCUCCGACAGAAAAACUACGAUCUGGAAAUCAAGGCAGCUCGGUUUGAACGCGAGUUCAACGAGGCGCGUGAGAGUAGCAGAGUCGAGAUCCAGCGUACCAGAACGUCUCUGGAGACGGAUCUCGAGGCUGCUAAUAACCAAGUCAAUUUCGUUCGCGCCGAACUGGAAUCUCAGAUUCUGCGCCUUCAGACGCAGUUGGAUAACGUCAAGCUUGAUAGUGACACCUCACGGGAGCGUUACGAGAUGCUGCUUGAGGAAGCACAUGAAACCAAGGCUAAUUCAUUGGCUUCAAUGAACGAAGCCAAGGAACUUGCUCUGGAGGAUCAGCGGAAAUUGCAUGAGCGUGCUCUCAAUGACCUUCGGGAGCGUCACGCUCGUGCUCUGCAUAACGCUUCUGAGGAUAGACAACGCGCAGAAUCUCAUCUUGAGGAUCGCCUGGCCUUAUCUGAUGACAAGGUCAAGCACUUCCAAGAACGGGUUGUACAUCUUGAAGAGAAGCUUGAGAUUGCCCAGUCCGCUGCUCGAGCCGCCGCUGAGGCUGCCCGGUCAGCCAAGGCCGGGACUCUUGUUGAAUCAGCUCAGCACUCAGGCCCCCCUUCAAUGUCCUUCAGCACGGGGUCAUCAGUUCCCGAGAAGAUCUCGCCACAAGCUUUGCGGGAGUCGAUCCUUGUUCUACAGGAUCAGCUGCAACAGCGUGAGACACGCAUCGAAGAGCUCGAACAAGAGGUUGCCGCUAUCGACAAAGAUGCCCCUGCUAAGCUCAAGGAAAAGGACACCGAAAUCAAUUGGUUGCGGGAACUCCUUGAAGUUCGCCUCAAUGAUCUUCAGGAUAUCAUCACGACUGUCUCGCAGCCGUCUUUCAACCACAACGCCGUCCGCGAUGCUGCAAUCCGCUUAAAGGCAAAUCUUCAAAUGCAACAGCAAGAGAGGGAGAGGGCUCUGAAUGGCCAGGGCUUCCCCAGCUUCCCUUCCUUGUCUGAAAUCACUGCAUCCCCGCGAUCACUUCCUCUUGCAGCAGCAGCCGCCUGGGGUAACUGGCGCAAAGGAAGAGAGAACUCGAGCUCCAACGCAUCCGAACAGACGCCGUCCAAGCCAAGUAACGCAAGCUCUUUUCUCUCCGGGCUCUUAACCCCUCCUAGCUCGAAUGCUCGACAGAUCAAUUCCAACAGCAGUGCUCCCCCAGCCACUGGUUGGAGACGACCAUCAGAGAGCCGCCCGUUGAAGAGCUAUAAUACAACCCCAAGGCCACUUUCCUCGCGGGCGGGCAAGAUGCGAGAACCACCAACCACUCCACCUUUAAUGCGAAGGUCCAGCUAUGACCACGACGCCGAACCUACCGAUUACCCCCAGAGUUCUCUCGAAGACGAAAUCGAAAGCACUGUGGAUGGUUUAGUCUCAGCAUCACCCAAGGAGACAGACGGUCCCUUUGGGCCCCAGAUUGCCUGA